AUGCUUCAAGAAGAAAUUGAGGAUGCAAUUGAAGAUAAUAAACCAUUUGAAUUUGAAUGGUUUCUUAUUAUAACAAAAGUUUAUAAAGGAGUUGAAUCUAUGGCAGAUAAAGAAUUGGAAGAGGAACAACAAAUAGGAAAAAGAAAGAAGACUAAAUUGCCUUCCCAAGUAAUUGGCACUACUCCAUCAUCUAGAUCUGCAAUUUUCUAA